CGAACUGGUGCAGGUAAAUCAUCGUUGAUAGGAGCGUUAUUUAGACUUGCUAUCAAUGAGGGAAAAAUUACCAUCGACGGUAAAGAAAUACACGAAUUAGGAUUACAUGAUUUACGUUCCAAAAUUUCAAUAAUUCCUCAAGAACCAGUUUUGUUUUCGGGAUCAAUGCGAAAAAACCUAGACCCUUUGGACGAAUACCCAGACCAUGCUCUUUGGAAUGCUUUAGAAGAAGUGGAACUUAAAACCGUCGUUGAGGAUUUACCCGACGGUCUGAACUCAAAAAUGUCUGAAGGCGGCUCUAAUUUCAGCGUUGGUCAAAGGCAAUUAGUGUGUUUGGCUAGAGCAAUUGUGCGUAGUAAUAAGCUUCUCGUGCUGGAUGAAGCUACUGCCAAUGUCGAUUCACAGACCGAUGCAUUGAUUCAAAAUACGAUUAGAAAUAAAUUUCGGUCGUGUACAGUGUUAACGAUCGCUCACCGUUUGAACACAGUUAUGGAUUCUGACAGGGUGCUUGUUAUGGACGCUGGAACAAUGGUCGAAUUCGACCACCCUUAUAACUUGUUGAAAAAUAAAGAUGGAUUUUUGUACAAGAUGGUAGAACAAACUGGAUCCGAAUCGUCUGAACUGUUACAUAAUUUAGCAGUUGA